AUGUCUGUUCGAGAAUUAUACACUAAGGGUGCACGUAUUUGGUUGCCAGAUCAAAGCAAAGUUUGGCAUGCUGUUACUGUUGAGAAAAAUUAUGAUGGAAAAGGAAAACUUGAAGUUACAUCAGCUGAACGAGGAAAAGAAAUAAUUCCAAUAAAAUCUGAUUCUGAUCUUCCACCAUUACGUAAUCCUGAGAUUCUUAUUGGUCAAAAAGAUCUUACUGCAUUAUCCUACUUAAAUGAACCUGAAGUUUUAUAUAAUCUUGAAUCUCGUUUUAAUAAAUCACAAAUUUAUACAAAAUGUGGUAUUGUAUUAGUUGCUAUAAAUCCAUAUGAAUAUUUAUCAAUAUAUGGAAAUGAUACAAUACAAUUGUAUCGUGAUCAAGAUGUUCAAUUAUUAGAACCACAUAUAUUUUCAACAGCUGAAUUAGCUUAUCAAUCGAUGGUGAAUUUUUCAAGAAAUCAAUCAAUUAUUGUAUCAGGAGAAUCUGGAGCUGGAAAAACAGUUAGUGCAAAAUAUGCAAUGAGAUAUUUUGCUAAUGUUGGAGGAUUAUUAGAAGAAACACAAAUUGAAAAAAAAGUUUUAGCAUCAAAUCCUAUUAUGGAAGCUAUUGGAAAUGCUAAGACAAUACGCAAUGAUAAUUCAUCACGUUUUGGAAAAUAUAUUGAAAUUGGCUUUUUAAGAAAUCAUAUUUGUGGAGCAUCAAUGAAAACUUAUUUAUUAGAAAAAUCAAGAGUCAUUUAUCAAGCAUCGGAUGAACGAAAUUAUCAUAUUUUUUAUCAAUUAUGUUCACAAGCGAAUCAAUCUGAAAUGAAAUCUCUUGCAUUAUUAUCAGCUGAUAGAUUUCGAUAUACAUCACAAGGAAAUGCAAUAACAAUUAAAGGUAUUAAUGAUGCUGAACAACUUUUAGAAACACGUGAAGCACUUACACUUCUUGGUAUUGAGAAUAAAGUUCAAAUGACAAUAUUUCGUCUUUUAUCGGCUAUACUUCAUUUGGGAAAUGUUAUUAUUGAUGAAGGUGAACAUGAAACAACAUUUGUUAAAGAAUCGGAUAAAUCAUUUUCAACAUUUUGUUCUCUUCUUAAACUUGAUGAAAAUCGUAUGAGAACAUGGUUAUGUAAUAAAAGAAUUAAAACUGGUGCUGAAAUUGUCAAUACAACACUCAAUCUUAAUCAAGCAUUAUUUGCUCGAGAUGCUCUUGCUAAACAUAUAUAUGCACAAUUAUUUGGAUGGAUUGUUGAGGAAAUAAAUAAAUCAUUAGAACAUAUUGGACAACGACAAUCAUUUAUUGGUGUUCUUGAUAUUUAUGGUUUUGAAACAUUUGAAAUGAAUAGUUUUGAACAAUUUUGUAUAAAUUAUGCAAAUGAAAAAUUACAACAACAAUUUUGUCAACAUGUAUUUAAACUUGAACAAGAAGAAUAUAUGAAAGAACAAAUAACUUGGUCAUUUAUUCAAUUUUAUGAUAAUCAACCAUGUAUUGAUUUAAUUGAAAGUAAAUUAGGAAUUUUAGAUUUAUUAGAUGAAGAAUGCAAAAUGCCGAAAGGAUCAGAUGAAAAUUGGCAUAGAAAAAUAGUUACACAACAUGGAAAACAUCCAGAUUUUUUAACAAAAAAAUUAUCAGCUAAUACAACAUUUAUUAUAAAUCAUUUUGCAGAAAAAGUUGAAUAUUCAAUUGAUGGAUUUCUUGAAAAGAAUCGUGAUACUGUACUUGAAGAUCAAUUGAAAAUGUUAAAAGAGAGCGAACUUGAUUUUGUUGUUCAACUAUUUUUUGAAGAAGACGAUAUAACAAGUGGAUCAAAAACAUCAACAUCAACGAAAUCUCAACAAGCACAAAAAUCAGGAACAUCUCAAACGGCAUCAAAAGGUCAAGCACAACGAAAGAAAACUGUUGCAUCUCAACGUUUUUCGCUUGGUUCACAGUUUCGUGAAUCAUUAACAAGUUUAAUGGCAGCAUUAAAUUCUACUGAACCUCAUUAUGUUCGUUGUAUAAAACCUAAUGACGAAAAAGCUCCAUUUACAUUUGAACCACGUCGUGCAGUACAACAAUUACGUGCAUGUGGUGUUUUAGAAACUGUUCGUAUAAGUGCUGCUGGUUAUCCAUCACGUUGGACUUAUCAUGAUUUUUUUGUUCGUUAUCGUUUAUUAUCACGUUCAUCAUUAAUUGAUCGUACAAAUUAUCGUCGAUCAUGUGAAAAUAUUCUUAAAAAUUUAAUAUCUGAUAAAGAUAAAUUUCAAUUUGGAAAUACAAAAAUUUUUUUUCGUGCUGGACAAGUUGCUUAUUUAGAAAAAUUACGUUCAGAAAAACUUCGUGCUGCUACAAUUAAAAUUCAAACAACAUAUCGUGGUUAUUAUGCACGUAAACGUUAUUUAAAAAUUCGACGUACAACACUUGUAUUACAAACAUUAUCACGAAGAUAUUUAGCUAGAAAACAUGCAGAAAAUAUACGUCGUACACGUUCUAUUAUUUUAUUUCAAUCAUUAUGGCGUAUGCAAUUAGCUUAUCAUAGUUUUCAAACACUUCGUUUUAUUAUAAUUGAUAUUCAAUCUCAUUGUCGAGGUUAUAUAGUUCGAAAAAAUCUUCAUCAAAGAAUGAUUGAACGAAGUGUUCUUACAGUUCAAUCAUCUAUACGUAUGUGGAUUGCACGUCGAAGAUUUCUUACAUUUCAACAUGCUAUUAUUCUUUUACAAUCACAUCAACGUCGACGUGAAGCUUGUUUAGAAGUAAAACAACUUCGUGUUGAACAACGUUCUGUUGAACAUCAAAGACAAUUAAAUAAAGGUUUAGAAAAUAAAAUUAUUUCAUUACAACAUAAAAUUGAUGAACAAAAACGUGAUAAUGAACGUUUAACACAUAAAGAUCAUGAAUUUGAAAAUUUAAAAAAAGAAUUUGAACAAUUAAAAUUUCAAAAUAAAGAAUUAAAACAAAAUUUAAAAAAUCAAUCAAAUUUAGAAGAAGAACUUCAACAACUUCGAACAGAAAAUGAACGUCUUAAAUUGGAUAAUGCAACAAUACGUUCUGAUUUAAUUCAAACAAAACAAUUAAAAGAUGAAAUUAUUACAAAAAAUAAUGAAUUAAUUAUAAAAUUACAAAAUGAACUUGAAAUUAAAACAAAAGAAAUAACAAAAUUAGAAGAACAAUUAGUUGGAGAUUUAUCAACACAAGAUUUAUCUUUAACACGUGUUAAACAACUUGAAGAAGAAUUAAAUACAGAAAGACAACAAAGACAAAGACUUGUUAUUGAAAUGCAUAGAUUAGAACAAAAAUGUGAAAAUCUUCAAAGUGAAUUACAAAAUGGAAAUAUCAAUAUAAUCAAACCAGUACCAUCUGAUUCAAAUAUGACUUGGGAUUCGAAAUUUAUGGAUGCAUUUGAUCUAGAUGAUUUACCGGAUCAAGGACCAUUAACCAAUGAUGGUUUAACACCACGUCGUCCUCCUCCUCUUCAUUCAUCAACUGUUAAUAAUCCUCAACGUUAUUUAUCAACUACGCAAGCAAAUGAUACAUUAGAAGAUAUUGGUGAAACAGGUGGUGGUCUUCUUCUUCGUCUUCAACGACGUCUUAAACAACUUGAACAAGAUAAUAAAAUAAUGAAUGAAGAACUUGAAAAAGGAAUAACAAAUUCAUCAAAAUUAGGAACAAUUAAGAAAAAUUCUUCAUGGCAUUUAGAUGAAUUAGAAACGGAAAGAUUAAAAAAUGAUUUAAAAGCAUUAAGAGAACAAAUACUUAAAGGUGAUGAACAAGCUGCUAAAGAACAAUUACUUGCACAAUUUGAUGCAUUAAAUGCUGAAUUAGAACAUCGUCGUCGUGAACAAAUUGAAAUGAAAUCAAAAUUACAAGAACGUGUUAUGCAACAUGAGAAUGAAACGGAUGAUGUUAUUGCAGCUGAUGCUAUUGAACAAGCUUAUCAAAGUCAAAAACAAAUAAACAAAAUGCUUGAACUUGAACUUGAACAAUGUCGAACAUCAUAUCAACGUGAAUAUGACAGAACACAAGAACGUUUAGUACAACUUGAAACAGAAAAUGUUGAAUUAUAUAAAUCAAUUGAUGAAAAUACAAUUGAUGAUUCUAUGAAACAACAAAUAACUAGUGUUAUCCAUGAAAAUCUUGAACUUCAUCAACAAAUUGAAAAUAAUCAAGCAGAAAUUCGAAAAUUAAGACGUGUUAUCAAACUUGUUAAUAAAAGUUUUUCAGCAGGAAAUGUAUCUUGGGAACAAGUACUACAAAAUGGAUCAAUAAGUGGUAUUCCUUCAUAUGCUAGUCAAAUCGAUGCUUCUAAUUCAAUGUCAAUAACAACAACAACAGCAAAUCUGCCCGGAAAUGUUGAUCUUCGUCGUCAAAGUAUAAAACAUUUGAGUGGAAUGAUUAAAUGUACUCCACAAGAAACAGAACGAAUUACAGAUGCAGUCAUUCUUGAAUUAAAACCUCGUUUAGCUGCAAAAUAUAUUCCUGGAAUUCCAGCUUAUAUAAUUUUUAUGUGUAUUCGAUAUAUUGAUUUUGUUGAUGAUGAAGCACAUGUUGCUGGAUUUUUAUCUGCUGUAACAAAAAAAAUUAAAAAAGUUCCAAGAAGAAAUGAAGAUAUUGAUUAUCCAAUCUUAUGGACAACAAAUACAGUUCGAUUUCUUCAUACAUUACAACAAUAUAGUGGUGAAGAGAAAUAUCAAACUACAAAUACACCAAAACAAAAUGAACAAGCAUUAAGAAAUUUUGAUUUAACUGAUUAUCGAACUAUAUUUGCUGAUCUUGUUGUUCAUUUAUAUGAUGAAACUCUUAAACGAAUUAAAGCUAAAUUAUUACCAAUGAUAAUUCCUGCUAUAAUUGAACAUGAAGAUCUUGAAUCAGGUGGUAUUCUAUCUAUAAAUCCAAUGACAUCCACAUCAACUUCAAAUGAUAAACGUUCAAAAUUUUCAGCACAAGAUCUUCUUAAACAAUUAAAUGAUUAUCAUAAAUUAGUUCAAAUGUAUUCAGUUGAACCAGCUAUUAUUCAACAAUUAUUUAAACAAAUUUUUUAUAUAAUUAAUGCUCAAGCUUUUCGUGGUUUACUUGUACGAAGUGAUUGUUGUAAUUGGAGUAAAGCUCUUCAAAUUCGAUAUAAUUUAAAUCAUUUAACAGAAUGGUUACGUGAUCAAAAUUUACAAGAAAGUGGUGCUGCUGAUUGUCUUCUUCCAUUAACACAAGCUGUUCAAUUAUUUCUUUGUAAAAAAGAUGAAACUAGCAUUAGUAAUGUUUGUACAAAACUUACAAUUGUUCAAGUAACAAAAUUAUUAAGUUUGUAUAAAUCAAUGGAUGAUUAUGAUGAUCAAGUAUCACCAGCAUUAAUUAAACGAGUAUCUGAUUUAUUAAAACAACAAAGACUUGGUUCAACAACAGAUCAAACAAAAAUUGAUUAUGAACAACAAGAAAAUUUUGAUCUUUCACAUACAUUUCCACUUGUAUAUCCUUAUGUUCCAUCAACAGUUUCACUUGAUCAAUUGGAUAUACCACAUGAACUUCAUCUUGAUUUUCUUUCUCUUGUUUAA